UACUAUUCUUUCUCUUCUAGCGUGGACGCGGCACAAGAUGGCGGCGUUGUGCGUGUUUCUCGCAGUUUUAGCUCUUUUUGCACCUCUAAAUACUCUUGGUGAUACUUGUGUUGGAGCUAAGCCCACACCAGAAAUCUACUCCACAAGGAACAUUUUGCUGUCUUCAGAAAGUGUAUUUAUUGUUGAAUUUUCCCUCAAAUGCGACAAUAAUGCUAAGGAGUUAAACUUGUAUGCUGAAGUGAAUGGGCGAGUUUUACCUGUAACAAGAUCCACAGAUGAUGCAAAAUUCCAGGUCAGCUGGGCAGAGGAACACAAAGAAGCCAAAGCUGGUAUCUACAAAUUGAGUUUUUAUGAUGAUGAAGGAUAUGCUGCCUACAGAAAGGCACAAAGAAGUGGUACAGUAAGUGAGGCAAAGGCUUUGUUCACAAUUGACGUCAACCAUCCGGGUGCUGGUCGUGAGGGACUUUACGUUCAAACUGAGUUCAUUGCCGUUGUAGCAGCAUUGUUGAUAUGGUGGAGUGCCAACAAUGUGAAAAGCAAACUACAAGAAUCAUAAAUAACACAUUUUUAAACUUAUCAUGUCUAGAACACCUUUGUAUUUAAUAAAAUUGAAUGCAAAAACAUGAA